AAAGGUUAACACAUGUCUGUCUUACAAACAUGAAGGUCAGCCUGGAUGAUCAUGGGAGUUGCACAGUCUGUUUGUCUCUGGAGAAAGAAAACUACUCGUUGUCGGUAAAGUUGUAGAGACUGUAGUUCACAAUGAAGAUGUUGGUUUUUCUGGCCCUCCUGGGUCUACACAGCGCGGCGGCAGUGACUCACUCUCUGAAGUAUUUCUACACUGCAUCUGUUGGAGUACCAAACUUCCCAGAGUUUGUGAUUGUUGGCUUACUUGAUGAUGUUCAAAUGGAUAUCUGUGACAGCAACACUAAGAGAGCAGAACCCAAAGCAGACUGGAUGAACAAAGUCACAGCAGAUGAUCCACAAUACUGGGAGCGUCAAACUCAGACCUGUUUGGGUACCCAUCAGUCCUUCAAAGGAAAGAUCGGCAUUGUAAAGCAGCGCUUCGGCCAAACUGGAGGUGUCCAUAUUGUCCAGAACAUGUACGGCUGUGAAUGGGACGAUGUGACUGAUAAGGUGGUUGAUGGUUUCUUUCAGUUUGGUUAUGAUGGAGAAGACUUCAUUAAUUUUGACCUGAAGACAGAGACAUGGAUCGCUCCAAAACCACAAGCUGUCAUCACCAAACACAAGUGGGAUCAUAAGAGAGCUCAGACAGUACAGUUCAAACAUUACCUCACCCAGGAGUGUCCUGACUGGCUGAAGAAGUAUGUGGACUACGGGAAGAGCUCUCUGAUAAGAACAGGUAGAGUCACAUGACCUGAUGUAGUUUCA